UCUCUCUCUCUCUUUCUCUGCUGUCUAAACCCUAAUUAGAUUCAUAGAUUCAGAUCGGUCUCACAGAAACAGAUCAAUGAUUCAGAUCAUUCCGAAGUUCGAAGUUCUCUCUCGAAAUCAAAGUUCAGACCAUGUCAGAUCGGUGAUUCAAAUCAUUUCGAAGUUCGAAGUUCUCUCUCGAAAUCGAAGUUCAUCUCAGCGAUUCAGAUCGGAUUUCCUACUGAAAACGCAGCAUGGACGUACCUGCAUGGAAAAGGGGGCUAAGGUUUCUACAAAUAAAGAAGCAAAGCUUCCCUGCUGCAGUUCACUCUAUUGUGUUCCUCAUAUAAGCAAAGAGAUGGGUUUCCUUAAAGGUGGGGCCCAUAAAAGAUACCUUAGGCAAUGUUCUAUAGCUUCUGAAGAGCAGAAAAGAGCCGGAUCUGGAAUGAGACUUGGUUGGCAAGCUUUUUCUACAAACCUUGCAACUAUGAGUUAUUUGUCAAGCAAUCCCUCAAUAUGGAAAUGGCUAUCGUCAUGGCAAGGAAAGCUGGCAUGGAUUGGAUUGUCCAUCUUGACACUGACAAGUUACUUCAUCCAGCAGAUGCUCAUGAGUACUCUGUGAGACAGCUGCUAGUAGAGGUGCCUGGGAAUGUUGUUAUGGUUAUCUUUCCAAAUUAUGUGAGUGAAUUGGUUUUCUUCUAAAUAAUUAUUUAGUACUUAAUACUAUGAAUUUAUACUACUGUUAUCUGGAAAGUGGUAGAUUGUGUUGAUUUCACCUUUCACAUAUAAUUCUAAUGUAACUUUUAUUCCCUGCAACAUUCCAUUUUCUGAAUCUAAUCUGUGCAAGGCCUCUGAAUCAUUGAAGAGGAUUGCAACAAUGGUUUUGGCAAUUGGAGAGUGCACAUCAAAUCUCAUUUUAUUUUUCCAAUGGUCUUUCAGACAUUUCUUUGACUGCAUCAACAGAAAAACCCAGGAAUUUUUGUCUCUUGGUAGAUGCUUUCAUAGUACUUGUAUGUAUAAUUAGUUUGAAUUGCAUCUUUCGUGCCGAUCUAUUUUGUAAUAACUUUCAACUUACCCCUAGCCUAGGCACUAGUUCAACUUUAUUUCAUCUUGGAAUUGAAAUAUUUUUGCAUAUUGAGAAGCAUGAAUUGAUCCAGUAUUA